AUGUCUAAAAUUGAUAAUACCAAGAAGGCAGCAGCUUCAUUAUUUCAUCCAGCAGCUCGAAUAUUAGUGGAUGGUGGAAAUCUAGUUCCUAUUGUUAGUAUUAUAACAUCCCUAUUUCGGGAAAUAAUUGACUUAGUGGAAAAGGCUGGACACAAUAAAAAAGUAUGUAGAAGACUGGCAGAACGUAUACGCGUUGCAAACCAAAUAAUAUCAGAGAUAAAAAAGGAAGAGAAUGACCUAGCUUUUCAAAGUUAUGUUAGAGCAGUAAAGAGAACUAAAGAAUUUAUUAAAGAUAUCAGUGAGUCUGGUUCUUUUAUAAAAUUAAUUACAUCUCAUGAGAUCCAUAAUCAAUAUCAAGAUAUUACUGAAGAUCUUGAUACUGCGAUUUUACAAUUAAAUCUUAUACAAAUUGUGCGAACGCGAAAAGAAAUCGGUGAUGACAGAAAGCUCUUCCAGUCUGAAAUAAAAACAUCCUUGAACGUUAUGGAAGAAGUUAUGAAGGAUGUAUGGGAACAAGGGAUGAACACUCAACAGAAGUUGAUGGCUUUUGAAAAUAAGUUGGAAAAGAUUCACGAAGCUGUUGUCGAUGUUAAUAAAGGAGAAUUACAGCAUUUACAAUCCUCUGAACACUUUAGAAUUGAUUGUAGCCAAAUCACUUGUUGCGACGAUUCUGAAGAAGUGAAAAGAGGUUCAGGCCAAAUAGUGAAAAAGAUGUAUAUCGCUCAGACAGUUUGUCAAAAAGAAAUAAAUAUCUUUCCAUCAAAUCUACACAUUGUUGAUAGACAAGUUGGCAUUUUAAAGGAAUUAAAAAACUGUCAAAAUAUUAUAACAUUUUAUGGCACUAUGCUACGUUCCGGUAAAUUUUACAUUAUUUCAGAAUGGGCUGAAGAAGGUGACCUUAAUAAUUAUUUGAAAGUUCAUAAGAAUUUAAGUUGGGAAUUCAAAAUUAGAAUUGCCUCGGAAAUUGCUGGUGGCUUGGCUUUCUGCCACGUAUACAAUAUUUUGCAUCACGAUAUAAGAAGUCACAAUAUUUUGUUGACAGAAAAUUUGACAGCGAAAAUUUCUAAUUUUAGUUCAGCUCGUAAAGAAACCGAUGCUUCAAGACAAAUUAAGGAUAUUCAAUUAAGAUACAGAUGGUUAGCUCCAGAAAAGCUUAUCAACUAUACCGAAAAUGAAUAUACAAAGCAAUGCGAUAUAUACAGUUUUGCUAUAGUGCUCUGGGAGCUCGCCUCACAGGAAUUACCAUUUGCUAAUAUCCCAUCCAAUGACGAUUUAUUAAAGAUGAUUACCGAAAAACACGAACGUCCUCCUCUCAUACCAGGUACACCUAGUGCUUAUGAAAAGAUGAUGACCCAAGGAUGGGACCAAAGAAAAAUAAAGCCCAAAAGUAAUUCACAACCUUCUAUUAAUCCAGAUUCGAUUAAUUCUUUAUGGAGUGGAAAAGAAUUAUCACCUAGUGAGAAUGGUCCUAGUAAUGAUUCUCAAAUUUCAGAAGGUAUCAUUGAUAAUUUUGAUAUCUCUGAUUCUACUCAAAUUAAUCUUGAAAUCCUACAGACUAUUCCACCAGGCUACCCUGAUGUAAGUGAGGCUAAAAAGUUGCAUAGUGCGAAAAAAUAUAGUGUGGCGUGGCCAAUCUUCAAGCUUCACGCCGAUAAUGGUGAUCCGCAAGCGGAAUUUUAUGUUGGUUAUUAUCUCAUUUCCGGUGAUCGCGGAGUUGACAAGAACAAAGAAUUGGCUGUUGAAUAUUUUCGUAGAUCAGCCAGCAAAAAUAUUCCUGAUGCUCAAUUUAGAUAUGGUGUAGCUUUGCUUAAUGGUGAGGGGGUUGUUAAAAGUGCAGAAAAUGACAAAAUAGCUAUUGAAAAUUUAGAAAAGGCAGCAAAUCAGGGAAACCUUAGUGCGAUGUUUAAUUUUGGUGAUUUAUUGAUCAAUGGCGCUCACGGAGUGACUCAAGAUUUGGAACAAGGGGCAAAUUGGCUGAAAAAGGCACAUAAAAAAGGUCAUCCGCAUGCUUAUAAAAAACUUGCGGAUAGAUAUCGAGUUCUAAAAUUAACAAUACCUGAACCUGAGGAAAUAUGA